AUGAAGAUAACGCUACUGAUCCUUUCCAUGGCACAGAGUAGUUGUGAAAGGGCUCUGGGCUGGGAUUGGCUGGAUGUUGGGCACUGUGACAUCAUGCUGGCUCCCAGUACAGGCUGGAGGAUGGGGAGCACAGGAGGACUAUGCCAGGCACUGCUGCUCUCCCUUGUAGGGAGUCUGGGGGCUCUCGAUGUGGGGCCGUGUGAUGGCCCCUGUGGGUUACGGCCAUGGACCAAAAUUAAAAGUGUAAACAGUCGGAUCUUGGGAGGCAAGGACACUCAACCUGGAGCUUGGCCCUGGAUGGUCAGUAUGCAGCUGAUUACCCAUAGUGGCCAAAGGUCCCAUGUUUGUGGGGGCUCUCUACUGAGCCCCACCUGGGUGCUCACAGCUGCACACUGCUUCAAGGGUAUCAGUCAGUGGCGUCUGGUGGUUGGUGCAUGGGAGGUUCAAUGGGCAGCAGCUGCCACCCUCAGCCCCCUCGUACAGGAGCGGAAGGUAGUCCAUAUUAUGCUACAUGAGCAGUACAACACUUGGACAGAGACCAAUGACAUUGCGCUGGUGGAGAUGGAUGUACCUGUGCGCUGUGGCUACCUGGUCCAAAUUGCCUGUCUACCCCGGUCCUCAGAUGGUCCAGUGAAGGAUUCAGAGCCCUGUGUCAUUGCUGGCUGGGGAUACAAAGAGGAAGAUGCUUCACAGCCAGCAGCUAUUCUACAGGAAGCAGAGGUGAAAAUCAUUAAUUUGGAAAUAUGCAAUGGGACUGAGUGGUACCAUGGAUCCAUUCACUCAAGCAACCUGUGUGCUGGCUACCCAGAGGGCAAAAUCGACACUUGUCAGGGGGACAGUGGUGGGCCACUCAUGUGCAAGGACAAGAGCAGUAACACGUUCGUGGUGACUGGAAUCACUAGCUGGGGCACAGGUUGUGCCCGGGCAAAACGGCCAGGAGUCUACACCUCUACGUGGGACUUUCUGGAGUGGAUCACGUCCAAGAUUGGAGCUGAUGCUGUGCUUGAUGACAUGCCACCACCAGUCAAGAAUCCCCAAUUAAUUCCUCGUAGAGGGAGAUCAGGGAGAGGGGUGGCUCCAAAGAGUAGGACUUCUUCCAUUGGAGCAAAACAGGGCAUCCCCGCAGGUAAAUGGGACCCCUUUCUCCCUUGA